UGCCUUACUUGACUUUGUGUCUCCACGUGAUAAGCAACCCUAAAUUAAUCACUAUAAAUCAAUGUGACCUGAAAUUUUGAACAAAACCAAAUAUGGCAUUUUUUCAAAAGCACAACAUUUUUCUUUUCCUUAUUCUUGUUUUCUCUUCACUUCCAUCCACAAUCAUAUCAUCAGGAAGGACAGAAGCAGAAGCUCUUCUAAAAUGGAAGAAUAACUUGUUAUCUUUUAAUAAUUCCAUCACUUCAUGGUCUGUCACCGACCUAAAAAAUCAUUGCAAUUGGACUGGCAUUGUUUGUCACAGUGCUGAAACAGUAUCCGAGAUCAAGCUGUUCAAUUCAAAUUUGAAUGGAACACUGACCCAAUUCAAUUUUACUUCAUUUCCAUAUCUCACCCAUUUCAACCUCAGUUGGAACCAACUCAAUGGGCCAAUUCCACUUACAAUUGGCAAUCUCUCCAAGCUCGUUGUUUUGGACUUGAGUUUCAAUAAUUUUGAGGGUAUCAUACCUUCAGAGAUUGGGUGGUUGACGGAACUUGGGUACCUUAGUUUUGGCUUCAACAAUCUCAGUGGUACCAUUCCGUAUCAAGUUAGCAAUCUACAAAAGGUAUGGCACUUGGACCUUCAAGGGAACCAUUUAGAAACUCCAGAUUGGUCAAAAUUCUUAGGCAUGCCUAUGUUGACUCAUCUUUUAUUUCUUUCCAAUGAACUUACCUCCAAAUUUCCAGAUUUCAUACUCCAUUGCCCCAACCUCACCUUGCUUGAUUUGUCAUGGAACAAUUUUACUGGCCUAAUACCUGAGUUGUUGUUCACCAAUCUUGCCAAGCUUGAAUAUCUUUCUCUCUCCAAUAAUUCAUUUCAAGGGUUAUUGUCAUCAAAUAUUUCAAAGCUUUUGAAGCUCAAAGAUCUUGGUCUGGGUGACAACCAGUUUGUCGGUUCAAUUCCUGAGGAGAUUGGAUUACUUUCAGAUCUUCAAUUCAUUAGGUUGUUUAACAAUUCAUUCCAAGGAAAUAUUCCUUCUUCCAUAGGCCAACUCAGAAAGCUUCAAACACUUGAUUUACAAAUGAAUGACUUGAAUUCUACAAUUCCUUCUCAGCUUGGCUUAUGCACUGAGCUCACAAACUUGAGGCUUUCUAUAAAUUCACUUACCGGACCCUUACCUUUGUCCCUGUCCAAUCUGACCAAAAUAUCUUAUUUGUACAUAUCAGAUAAUUUUCUUUCCGGCGAAAUCUCACCUUAUCUUGUCACCAAUUGGACUGACUUGGAGUUUUUACUACUUCAAAACAAUUCCUUCACUGGCAAAAUUCCACCUGAAAUUGGCCUAUUGACAAACCUCAGAUACAUUUUAUUGCGCAAUAAUCAACUCUCUGGCUUCAUUCCACCUGAGAUUGGAGUCCUGAAAGAAUUGUGGCAUUUGGACCUUUCGGCAAACCAACUCUUAGGUCCAAUUCCUCCAACAAUUUGGAAUCUCACAAAUCUCAUUUCCUUGAACCUCUUUGACAACUAUCUUAAUGGAACAAUUCCACCUCAAAUUGGGAAUUUGAAACUACUGACUGCUUUUGAUCUGAGCAAAAACCAAUUAAAUGGUGAAAUCCCACCUACCAUUUGCAACUUGAGUUCCCUUGUGAUUCUUAAUCUAUCUAAUAACAGCUUCAUCAAUGUGAUUCCACAAUGUCUAGGAAACAUUAGCAAUAAACUCUCUGUGCUAGAUCUGCGGAUGAAUCGCUUUCAUGGGACUGUUCCAACAAUAUUCACAAAGUGCAAUAAUUUGAGAAAUCUGGGGUUGGGUGGAAAUCACUUGGAAGGGCCGGUGCCGCGAAGUUUGGUCAAUUGUAGACAGUUGGAAGUUGUUGAUCUGGCUAACAACAACAUAAGUGACACAUUCCCCCAUUGGAUGGAUGAUCUUCCAGAGCUGCAGGUUCUUGUCCUGCGAUCUAACAGAUUUGGAGGUACAAUAAAUACUUCCAUGACUCAAUUACCCUUUCUUAAGCUGCGAAUAAUCGACCUCUCUCGCAAUGAGUUCACCGGCCCCUUGCCUACAAAAUAUUUCAAGAAUUUCAAAGCUAUGAUGAAUGUUGAUGAACAUAAAGUGGGUCGUACAUACAUGGGGGAGAAGAAGUAUUAUUAUCGAGAUUCAGUGAAGGUGGUGGUGAAAGGGCUAGAGCUUCAACUUUCGAGAAUCCUAACCAUCUUCACAACUAUUGAUUUAUCCAGCAACAAUUUUCAAGGGGAGAUUCCUGACUUCAUUGGAAUGCUUCAUUCACUUCGGUUGCUCAACUUAUCUCACAACAGUCUUGCAGGACAUAUUCCAUCAUCUCUAAGAAAUUUGACUCGGCUUGAAUCAUUAGACCUUUCUUCAAACCAGUUAGUGGGGGAGAUUCCUUGGCAAUUGACAAGCCUAACAUUUCUUUCAAUCUUGAACCUUUCUCAAAAUCAUCUUGUUGGACCAAUACCUCAUGGUCAACAAUUUGAUACAUUUGAAAACAAUUCAUACUCUGGAAACCAGGCAUUAUGCGGUUUGCCAUUGACAAAGAAAUGUGGAGACGAUGAACCACCGCAGCCACCAACAUUGCCACAUCAAGAAGUUGAUUCAGUUUUUGAAAAUGGAUUUACUUGGAAAGUUGUAGUGCUGGGAUAUGGAUGUGGGUUUUUAUUUGGAUUGGUUACGGGUUGUCUUGCCUUCUUAACUGAAAAACCAACAUGGUUUGUAAAUAUUAUUGAAGGAAAACAACACGAAACUGGUAAAGGAAGGAAGAAGAGCGGUCAAGGACGUGCUAGGAAUAUAAUUCAGCGAACACAACAAGUCAACUAGCGGUGACUGUUUUCUUUCCCUCCUCAAAGUGAUGGUGAAAACGGUGAGUAGUUGAGCAUGUGCCUCCGGCUCAGCUUCGAGAAAUGGAUUAGUUGCGUAAUACUAUUGCUAACCGAAUCUGGAAUUCUCUUGGGCACUCUUGAUCGAUCCUCCUGAAAGUGAUGAUAUGAAGUGUGUUGAUGCUCUCUUGAAGGUGACUUGUGCUGUUAUGAAGAUGAUGUGUUGUUGCCAUUGCCAUCUACUUUAUGAACAUAUUAUCAAUUUUUAGUCCCAACUAUGUAUUGUUAUGCUUUGUUCCAAAACAUUUUAUGUAAAACUUAAACUUGUUUAAUUUGUUGGUUGAAUAUUUAAGCACUUGUAAAUGGUAUACACUCUAUU